AUGAGUCGUCAGUUUCCGUACUCGAGUGCUCCACUCCGUUCGGUCAAAGAAGUCCAGUUUGGAUUAUUAUCACCAGAAGAAGUGAGGGCCAUCUCAGUGGCAAAAAUAGAGUAUCCUGAGACAAUGGACCAAACCACAAAGAGACCAAGAGAGGGAGGAUUGAAUGAUCCACGUUUAGGAUCCAUUGAUAGAAAUUUUAGAUGCCAGACAUGUGGUGAGGAUAUGGCAGAAUGUCCUGGUCAUUUUGGUCACAUUGAAUUGGCCAAACCAGUGUUUCAUAUUGGGUUUAUUGCUAAAAUCAAAAAGGCCUGUGAGUCGGUGUGUAUGCAUUGUGGGAAAUUAUUAUUAGAUGAAACUAAUCCAGCUAUGGCCCAGGCCAUAAAAAUCAGAGACCCCAAAAAGAGAUUCAAUGCAGUGUGGUCAUUGUGUAAAUCCAAAAUGGUGUGUGAGACCGACAACAACGAGGAUGAAAUGACAGACCAACCUUCUCGUGGAGGGUGUGGGCACCCACAACCAACAAUUCGUAGAGAUGGGUUGAAACUAUGGGGGACAUGGAAGCAAAAUAAGAAUUACGACGAUAAUGAACAACCAGAACGUCGUUUGUUGACCCCGCUGGAAAUUUUGAAUGUUUUCAAACACAUUAGUCCUGAAGAUUGUCACAAGAUGGGGUUCAAUGAGGAUUAUGCUAGACCAGAGUGGAUGUUAAUCACAGUUUUACCUGUGCCACCUCCACCUGUGAGACCAUCAAUCGCAUUCAAUGAAACAGCUAGAGGAGAAGAUGACUUGACGUUCAAGUUGGCCGAUAUCAUUAAAGCUAAUAUAAAUGUCCAAAGAUUGGAAACAGAUGGUUCACCACAACAUGUGAUAAGCGAGUUUGAGGCUUUGUUGCAAUUCCACGUGGCUACUUAUAUGGAUAACGAUAUUGCGGGACAGCCACAAGCACUUCAAAAAACUGGUCGUCCAAUCAAAUCUAUUAGAGCAAGAUUGAAAGGUAAAGAAGGUCGAUUAAGAGGGAACUUGAUGGGGAAGCGUGUUGAUUUUUCCGCUCGUACUGUCAUUUCCGGUGACCCUAAUUUGGAUUUGGACCAAGUGGGUGUGCCUAUUUCCAUCGCAAAAACGUUGACCUAUCCUGAAAUUGUUACCCCUUAUAAUAUCCACAAAUUGACUGAAUUGGUUAGAAACGGUCCCAAUGAGCAUCCUGGUGCCAAGUAUGUGAUAAGAGAUACUGGAGAUCGUAUUGAUUUGAGAUAUAAUAAGAGAGCAGGUGAUAUUGCGUUGCAAUAUGGAUGGAAGGUCGAACGUCAUUUGAUGGAUGAUGAUCCAGUGUUGUUCAAUCGUCAACCUUCGUUGCACAAGAUGUCAAUGAUGGCACAUAGAGUCAGAGUCAUGCCUUACUCCACGUUCAGAUUGAAUUUAUCGGUGACAUCGCCAUAUAAUGCAGAUUUCGAUGGGGAUGAGAUGAACUUGCAUGUUCCACAAUCACCAGAAACCAGAGCAGAAUUGUCACAAAUUUGUGCCGUGCCUUUGCAAAUUGUUUCUCCACAGUCGAAUAAACCAGUGAUGGGUAUUGUCCAAGACACAUUGUGUGGUAUUCGUAAAAUGACGUUACGUGAUAUUUUUAUUGAAUAUGAUCAGGUCAUGAACAUGUGUUACUGGAUUCCAAACUGGGAUGGUGUGAUUCCGCCACCAGCCGUUGUGAAGCCCAAACCAUUAUGGACUGGGAAGCAGUUAUUGUCGUUGGCAAUUCCAAAGGGUAUCCACUUGCAGAGAUUUGAUGGUGGGAGAGACUUGUUGAGUCCCAAAGAUACUGGUAUGUUGAUUGUUGAUGGUGAAAUCAUGUUUGGGGUUGUCGACAAGAAAACCGUUGGUGCCACUGGAGGAGGCUUGAUUCACACAGUCAUGAGAGAAAAGGGUCCCAAGGUGUGUGCUGAGUUGUUCAGUUCGAUCCAAAAAGUGGUAAACUACUGGUUGUUGCACAAUGGGUUUUCAAUUGGUAUUGGUGAUACUAUUGCUGAUGCACAAACAAUGAGAGAUGUUACAAAGACUAUCCAAGAAGCCAAGCAAAAGGUGCAAGAGAUCAUUAUUGAUGCCCAGCACAACAAGCUUGAACCUGAGCCAGGUAUGACUUUGCGUGAGUCGUUUGAACAUAAUGUAUCGCGUGUUUUGAAUCAGGCGCGUGACACUGCUGGUCGAUCUGCAGAAAUGAGUUUGAAAGAUUUAAACAAUGUGAAACAAAUGGUCACCUCUGGGUCUAAAGGUUCGUUUAUUAAUAUUUCUCAAAUGUCUGCAUGUGUUGGUCAACAAAUUGUCGAAGGUAAAAGAAUUCCAUUUGGGUUUGGCGACCGUUCGUUGCCACAUUUUACAAAGGAUGACUAUUCUCCGGAAUCCAAAGGUUUUGUUGAAAAUUCUUACUUAAGAGGGUUGACGCCACAAGAAUUCUUUUUCCACGCAAUGGCCGGUAGAGAGGGUCUUAUUGAUACUGCUGUGAAAACAGCAGAAACAGGUUAUAUUCAACGUCGUUUAGUCAAGGCAUUGGAAGACAUUAUGGUUCAUUACGAUGGUACCACGAGAAACUCGUUGGGUGAUAUCAUUCAAUUCAUCUAUGGUGAAGAUGGUAUAGACGGUACACAAGUUGAAAAACAAUCGGUCGACACAAUUCCAGGUUCAGACGAAAGUUUUGAACGCCGUUACAGAAUCGACAUUUUGGAUACCAAGAACAUGAUUUCCGAAUCAUUGAUUGAAUCUGGUAAAGAGAUUAGAGGUGAUGUGCAGUUGCAGAAGAUAUUGGAUGAAGAGUAUAACCAAUUGUUGAAGGAUCGUAAAUACUUGAGAGAAGUAUGCUUCCCUAAUGGUGAUUUCAGCUGGCCAUUACCAGUGAAUUUGCGUCGUAUCAUCCAGAAUGCCCAACAGAUUUUCCACAAUGGUCGUUACAGGGCAUCUGAUUUACGUUUGGAGGAGAUUAUUUUUGGGGUGAGGGAAUUGUGCAAGAAAUUGUUGGUUGUCCGUGGCGACACUCCAUUAGUCAAGGAAGCACAAGAAAAUGCAACGUUGUUGUUCCAAUGUUUGUUGAGGUCCAGAUUGGCAGCUAGACGUGUUAUCGAAGAAUUCAAGCUUAACCGAGUAUCGUUUGAAUGGGUCUUGGGUGAAAUUGAAACCCAAUUCCAAAAAUCUAUUGUUCAUCCUGGUGAAAUGGUGGGUGUUGUGGCUGCUCAAUCCAUUGGUGAGCCUGCAACUCAAAUGACCUUGAACACUUUCCAUUAUGCUGGUGUCUCCUCAAAGAAUGUUACCUUGGGUGUUCCACGUCUUAAGGAAAUUCUUAAUGUUGCCAAGAACAUUAAGACACCGGCAAUGACGGUGUACUUGGAUCCGGAAGUUGCUUCUGAUAUUGAGAAGGCCAAGAUUGUACAAUCUGCUAUUGAGCACACUACAUUAAAGAAUGUCACCUCAUCAGCAGAAAUUUACUAUGAUCCUGAUCCUAGAACGACGGUUAUUGAGGAUGAUUAUGACACAGUUGAGGCUUAUUUUGCCAUUCCAGAUCAAAAAGUUGAAGAAACUAUUGACAAGCAGUCGCCAUGGUUAUUGCGCUUGGAGUUGGAUCGUGCAAAAAUGUUGGAUAAACAGUUAACGAUGGCUCAAGUGGCUGAAAAGAUUUCCCAGAAUUUCGGUGAGGAUUUGUUUGUUAUUUGGUCUGAUGAUACAGCUGAUAAAUUGAUUAUUCGUUGUAGAGUUGUCAGAGAUCCAAAAUCAUUGGAUGAAGAUGCAGAUGCAGAAGAAGAUCAAAUUUUGAAGCGUAUCGAAGCCCAUAUGUUGGAGUCUAUUUCUUUGCGUGGUAUCCCAGGUAUUACCAGGGUGUUUAUGAUGCAACACAAAGUCAGUCACCCAGACGAGACUGGUGAAUUCAAGCAGGGCAAAGAAUGGGUUUUGGAAACAGAUGGUGUCAAUUUGGCAGAUGUGAUGGCUGUACCUGGUGUGGAUUCAGCUCGUACCUACUCCAACGACUUUAUUGAGGUGUUGUCUGUCUUGGGUAUUGAGGCUACGAGAUCGUCCUUGUAUAAGGAAAUUUUGAAUGUCAUUGCAUUUGAUGGUUCGUAUGUCAACUACCGUCAUAUGGCAUUGUUGGUUGAUGUGAUGACUUCACGUGGUCAUUUGAUGGCCAUCACUCGUCAUGGUAUUAAUAGAUCCGAUACAGGUGCAUUGAUGCGUUGUUCUUUCGAAGAGACCGUUGAGAUUUUGUUGGAUGCGGCUGCAGCUGCAGAAUUGGAUGAUUGUAAGGGUAUAUCGGAAAAUGUAAUGUUGGGACAAAUGGCACCUUUAGGUACUGGGUCCUUUGACUUGAUGAUUGAUGAGAGAAUGUUACAACAAGCUCCAUCAAGUAUUGCUAUGGAAACUAUUGCCGACGAUGGCGGUGCUACACCUUAUAAGGAAUACGAGAGUGCUAGAGAUGAAAAUAUUGAGAUUGAUGCAGGAGCCGGAUUCUCACCAAUUCAUACCGCGCAAGUAAAUGAAGGAAUUGUUGGAGGGUUGACUUCAUAUGGUGGGCAACCUACCUCGCCAGCAGCUACGUCACCAUUUAGUUUUGGAUACAACACGGCUACUUCUCCGGGCUACGCGUCACCAGGGUAUGGUUAUUCACCAACCAGUCCAAGCUACUCGCCUACAUCUCCUUCUUACUCGCCUACAUCUCCUUCCUACUCGCCUACAUCUCCUUCCUACUCGCCUACAUCUCCCUCCUACUCGCCUACUAGUCCAAGCUACUCGCCUACUAGUCCAAGUUACUCUCCUACUAGUCCAAGCUACUCACCUACUAGUCCUUCCUAUUCACCUACUAGUCCUUCCUAUUCACCAACGAGUCCUUCGUAUUCCCCAACGAGUCCAGGUUACUCUCCCACGAGUCCUUCCUACUCCCCAACAAGUCCAUCUUAUUCUCCUACCAGUCCAUCCUACUCGCCCACAUCCCCAAGCUAUUCUCCAACUUCACCGCAAUAUUCACCAACCAGUCCAAGCUACUCCCCAACAUCCCCACAAUACUCACCAACCAGUCCUUCCUACUCACCUACAUCACCACAGUACUCGCCAACCAGUCCUUCUUACUCACCAACAUCUCCUCAAUACUCACCAACAUCACCACAGUAUUCUCCUACUUCACCUCGAUAUUCACCAGGCUCUCCGGGAUAUGAGCCAAAGUCUCCUAAGAAGGAUGGAAAAUAG